AUGGAAGUGUGGGAGUGUGAGGAGAGUGGUAGAGCUCACAUCAGCAAGGUUCUCUUUGCUGGAGAUAAGCCAGACCCACCCGUGUACAGGGACAGUGCCAUUUGGAUUCAGCAGAUGGGAGAGAAAACCUACGAGUGUCCCAAGUGCAGGAAGAGCUUCAGCCAGAGCUCAUAUCUGAGCCAGCACCAGAGGAUCCACUUGGCAGAGAAGCCCUUCAACUGCUCCGAGUGUGGGAAGAGUUUCACUCGCAACUCAGACCUCAUCAAACACCAGCGGAUCCACAGAGGUGAGAAGCCCUACCAGUGCAACGAGUGCCAGAAGACCUUCAGCCAGAGGUCCAACGUGAUCAGGCACCAGCGGACCCAUACAGGAGAGAGACACUACCACUGCAGUGAGUGUGGAAAGAGCUUCAGCCAGAACUCUCAUCUCAUUGUCCACCAGCGAAGCCACAAGGGGGAGAAGCCCUUCAGCUGUCCUAGGUGUAAGAAAAGCUUCAGCGACCACUCAUCCCUGAUCAUACAUCGGAGAGUUCACACUGGAGAGAAGCCCUACAAGUGCCAGGAGUGUGGGAAGCGUUUCCGUGACAGCUCCGCCAUCAUUCGGCACCAGCGGAUCCACACGGGAGAGAAGCCCUACACCUGCAGCCGAUGUGGGAAGCGCUUCCGGCAGAGCUCCUCGCUGGUGACCCACAUGCGGACACACACAGGUGAGAAGCCCUACAAGUGCCCUGUCUGCGGGAAGGGCUUCAGCCAGAGCUCGGCACUCACCACGCAUUGCCGGACCCACGGCGCAAAGACCUUGCCUGCCUACCAUGGUGGCCUCCUGCCCAGCCACUACCAGGGUGCUGAGCAUGGCCGGAGGUGCAGUGACCACUCCACACUGGCCAAGCACCAGAGCCUGCAUGCUGAGGAGCAGCCUCACAUCUGUGUGGAGUGUGGGGACAGCUUCCAACGGAGUUCGGCGCUCAGCAUGCACCUCAGGAUCCACCGCAGGGAGAGACCCUACAAGUGUGAGGAGUGUGGGAAAACAUUCAGGCACAGCUCAGCCCUUGGUGCCCACCUAAGGAUCCAUGCAGGAGCCAAGCCCUAUGAUUGCAGUGAGUGUGGGAAGUGCUUCCGUAAGAGCUCGACGCUCAUGGUGCAUCUGAAAAUCCAUGCGGCCAAGCAGCACUACAGAUGUGCUGUGGUGAGAACGCUCAGCUCCCUCUCACUGCUGCCAUAG